ACCAGGGUUUGUCAGUUGCCGCCGCCGCGGCUAUAGAGACUCAUCGCCUCCGGAGCAUCUCUGCGGUGCCUUGAACCCUGAAUUUUCCUCUACACUUUAUUGCAGUUUCUUACAUUCCAAACACAUUUUUUCCUCCCUGUUGUUGGACUCCGAACCUCCCAAGCCCCUCCACUUCCUCACCGAUCAACACAUUUUUCAUCAUGACUGACUCUAUCACUGCCGCGACUCCGCAGUCCUCACCUCCCGCUGCUUCGAUAGGAAUCGAAAUCUCUCCGAACCCUGUUCCGAUUGCUUCUGUUACAAUUCAAGAACGGAACAAAGGAGGGUGGUGGAAUAACUUGCUGGACAAGGAGGAGGCCAAGAAGCAGAUCGUGCUUUCGCUGCCAUUGAUUCUUACUAACGUUUGCUAUUACCUGAUCCCGGUGGUGUCCGUCAUGUUUGCCGGUCACCUUGGGGAGCUGGAGCUUGCUGCUGCAAAUCUUGCCAAUUCAUGGGCCACCGUUACUGGCUUCGCUUUCAUGAUGGCAUUGGUACAAUGA